AUGGCGAAAGCACCGUCUGUAGCCGAUCAAAAUGUCACAGAGAAAGAUAAAAAUGAUCCUGGUGAGCAAAGCAAGAAUUCUACAGAUAAAAAGAAUCCAAAUUCAAAAGAAUCCUACGCGGACAGUUAUUUACGAGUGAGCAAAGACAAUCUUUAUAUGACCAUUGCUCUGUGGAUGGAAGAUUUUGUCGAUGCCAAAGCUCCUGAGGGUUACAACAAGGUCGGGGCAGUGCUUGUGUUACCAAACGAUGUGGUGUUGGCCGCAGAUUGUUCUCGAGACGACGUCCACGCUGUAGCCAGGUUGUUGAUGAAGCACUGCGAUAAAGCCAAGGGUUGUAAGAUAUUCAUGUCUCGAAAGCCGUGUUCGUUCUGUGCGAAGCUUUUGGUCCAGUCGAAAGUCGAGCGAGUCUUGUUUCUGCCGUUUGAACCAGAAUACUAUCGUUCACCUGAAGCAGGCGACCAAAAGAAUGAAGUCGAUAUUCUGUUCACCGCAAGCCCCAUUGCCCAGACAAUAUUUGUCUUCCAUAUCGAUGAGUCUGUUCUUCACCGUGCGCAGAAGAAAACCCCAACAGAUGAAGAAAACAAUGUAGAUAAACAAAAAGUUAAAUUGAUCGGCAAGUACAGCGCAUUUAAACUGAAUUCCCCAUGGAUGAAGUCUGUUAAAGAAGAGCUACCCUGGAAAAUAUUGGACGAGAACAUAACCAAGAAAGUUUGUGAAGAUUUUCAGAACUCCGUGGACUGGAUAGCACGAGUUUUGGUCACUCCACAGUCACAGUCAAAUUUUAAACCUUGUGUAAUUCCCGAAGUGCAACCCGUCUUCGAUCCAGUCAAUGACAAGCAAGCGGCGGAGCAAGCUAAACACUUCAUAACGAUAGCACGUUUUCUCGCUACGCGUACAGACGACCCGACUACUGGUGUUGGUGCAGUCAUUGUUAGUCCAGAAAUGGAAAUUCUCGGGCUUGGUUGGAAUGGCUUUCCUCUCAAAGCACAAUAUGGCGAGUUUGGAAGAGGUUCGGAUGAACCUGCAGAUAAGAAAUACCCGUAUGUAAUCCAUGCUGAGCAGAAUGCCUUUUGA